GGCCAUGAUUGGGGAGCUUUGCGUGCUGUGACUGCGCUAUUUUGCCGGCUCGGUGAACCCUAUUCCUCCGUUUUUUGUCUUUAAAACUGACAAGAUAAUCGAGUAUCAAACAAGUGAAUAUCAUACAACAUGUCUCGAAGAUAUGAUUCCAGAACUACUAUUUUCUCCCCAGAGGGUCGUUUGUACCAGGUAGAAUAUGCCAUGGAGGCUAUUGGCCAUGCCGGCACAUGUUUGGGGAUUUUGGCCAAUGAUGGUGUUUUGCUAGCUGCAGAAAGACGCAAUAUACACAAACUUCUGGAUGAAGUGUUUUUCUCUGAGAAAAUAUAUAAACUAAAUGAUGAUAUGGCAUGCAGUGUGGCAGGAAUAACGUCAGAUGCCAAUGUUCUAACAAAUGAACUGCGGUUAAUUGCUCAAAGGUAUUUACUACAGUAUCAGGAGCCAAUCCCCUGUGAACAGCUGGUCACAGCACUGUGUGAUAUUAAACAAGCUUAUACGCAAUUUGGAGGAAAACGCCCAUUUGGUGUAUCACUUCUUUACAUUGGUUGGGACAAGCACUAUGGCUUUCAGCUUUACCAGAGUGACCCAAGUGGAAAUUAUGGAGGCUGGAAAGCUACAUGUAUUGGAAAUAACAGUGCGGCAGCUGUCUCCAUGUUAAAACAAGACUACAAGGAAGGAGACAUGACUUUGAAAUCCGCUCUUGCUUUAGCUGUUAAAGUCCUCAACAAGACCAUGGAUGUUAGCAAGUUGUCUGCAGAAAAAGUUGAGAUUGCUACAUUAACACGGGAAAAUGGAAAGACCAAAAUAAGGGUUCUGAAACAGAAAGAAGUAGAAGAGCUGAUAAAGCUCCAUGAAGAGGAAGAAGCAAAGAUUGAACGGGAAAAGAAAGAAAAAGAGCAGAAAGAAAAAGAUAAAUGAGGAACCACUCUCAUAAAAUAAUAAAAGCCAGUUCAUUUUCAUGUAUAUUUUUUCCUUCUGAGAAUGUAAUUGAAUUACUCAGACUUGCUUGGUUCUUUUUGUUUAAAGCCAUGAAAUAAAUCAAACUCUUUCUUAUGCUUCCUUAUUUAAUGAAGGGCAACAACAUUUUUCCUGGUACCCGAAAGUGACGUCACGCAUGAGCUUGGGAGGAUGUCAGAGUGUUUACUGCACAUGCACUAGGGAUGCACGGAAUCCAGGAUUCAGCAAAGACUCUGUCUGGCCAAACCAAUUCAGAAUCCUAGUAAAAGUAAAAAAAAUUGUAAGCGUGUGCUUCUAUUUAACCCUUCCAUAGCCUCAUUUUCAUAUGCAAAUUAGGAAACAGAUUUGGUUCGGUUCCCUGUUGCACUGCCAGGCAUGCCAGGGCUCUCCAGUACAAAUUCAAAUGCUUUAAUGCCGGUAAUAAUGUUAGAGAGGACUGGCCACAUAUUUUUAGAAACUGGCCAGCCAUAUAGUGGCUAAAGUGGGCUGACCUAAUCUUUGGUUCUUGGCCAACCAACAUCACAAAAGCAGUAAAAUGGCAGGGUUUCUAGACUGUAUAUGAGGACCAAUGCAGUUGUAAAGAUUUUUAGGGCUCGUACGUUUGCAAGUGCACCUCUGGUCCCCACAAUUCUCCUGCAGUUAGUUGUGUGUAAAGGCUUGAUAAAAAUAUGGCCUGAAACUUUGCUGUAUGCCCCUAAAAAUAUUUGCAAUAAAAGUAUUUUAAUCAGAAA